AUGGUGCACGGGCAUGCACUCUACCAUAUGCAGCACCGCCCUCUGGAGGCGCGGGCUAUCGACGAGAUAAUCGCCAAUGAUAGUCCCUCUCUGGUGGAACGGGACAAUCCGAUCGUCGUUAUCUACAAAACACUCUCUGCGGACUUUGAAGGUGCCAUUGGAGGCUAUGUUACGCAAGGAGCGAGCCAAACGACAAAUGCCGCUGCGACAACCACGAGCGAUACCAAGCACAACAACGUUGGUGUCGGCCCAGCUGUGGGCGUCACCAAGACGACUUCGGAGACAAAAGCGACGGCGGACGCAACCGCCAAAGAUAUCAAGUCCACAUCAGAAAAAAGCAAGACUACCGAGCACACGGCGGCAACAACAACUGCUACUCAAGCCGACACGACCCAGGCGCCAUCUUCCUUUCUAACCUCGGCCUCCCAGACCACCGCGGAUACCAGCCAGGAUGUAAACCUUGUUGCGGCGACAUCAAGCGCAACGCCUACUGACUCUGCCACUUCUUCGUCGCCCACAGCAUCCAGUGCCUCGACAGGAAUGUCUGGCGGUGCUAAAGCUGGUGUCGCCAUUGGAGUCAUCCUUGGUAUCGGUGUACUUGCAGGCCUCAUUUUCUUCUUCGUCCGGAAGAGGAAGCGCAGCCAGGAACCUCAAGAGAUUCAUCAAGAGAAGGAGGCUUUCUCCCAUCCACCUCCUCCCCCGCCAAUGAAGCCCUCAACUCCUUCAACGCCUCCUCAGCUUAGCGUACGUCCGGUCACCCAGUUCGCGCCUGAUCUGAGCGGCAACGCGGGCUUCAACCCAGCUACUGCCGUUGCAGCCGGUGGUCUUGGCGCUGCUGGUGUCGCAGGUGCAGCUGUUGCCUCUCGUAACCUCACCGGUAACUCGCCGCCUCCCACUCCGCCCAAGUCUAGUUCCAGCGCCCAGAACCCGUUCAGUGAUCCGGUGAAUCCCUUCAACCCUACCACUCCAGUGAGUGACCAAGCGCCGCCUUCAUCUUCGGCCGGUACUUCUGGGGCUGCUAUCGCAGCAACUGGUGCUGGUGCUGCUGUCGCUGGUGCUGUCGGUGCCGCUGCUGUCGCAUCACAUGAAUCUGAUCAGGAGCCGUCCAGCCGCCCUGCCUCGCAAGAGUCGGGCGUGGGAAUGCCUCCUAACCCUCCAUCGAACCGCGGUAGUGCUGAUGCGGAGUCGGUUUCAUCUGAGGUCCUGGCUGCUGCUGGAGGAGCUGCAGUUGGCGCUGGUGUUGUUGGUGCUGGAGGCUCACCCGGACCGAACAACGUUCACCGUGUACAGAUGGACUUCAAUCCAUCAGCAGAUGACGAACUGGAGCUCCGCUCUGGUACUUUGGUCCGGAUGCUUCAUGAGUAUGAUGAUGGAUGGGCCCUAUGUGUUCGCCUGGAUCGUUCGCAGCAAGGAGUUGCUCCUCGCUCUUGCUUGUCUGCGCGUCCUGUGCAGCCUCGCCCGCGUCCACCUCCUGGAGCUGGCCCUGGCCCUGCUCCUCGAGGCCCGCCCCCGCCCAUGGGUCCUAAUGGACGUAUGCCAGGCCCGCCUCCUUCAGGCCGCUUCUAUCCCCAGGGUGGUCGGCCGCGGUCCCCCGCUGGUCACCCUCAGGGCCCGCCCCGAGCGCCUUAUCCCGGCCGUUCAAUGUCACCCGCAGCUGCUUUCCCUCCUGUGCCUCGCUCCAUGUCCCCCGGUCCUCGCUCCAUGUCUCCUGGUCCUCGCUCCAUGUCCCCAGGCCCUCGCUCCAUGUCGCCUGGCCCCCGCUCCAUGUCUCCCGGCCCCGGUGUUCGGCCAGGCCCUGGCCCACGGUCAAUGAGCCCUGGCCCUUACGGCCCAGGAGGUAUGCAGCGACCCGUGAUGCCCGUCAACCAGCGGCAACGCAGUAACAGCGCAGGCAACAUCUCUCCGCCCACCGUCGGCGGGACCCCUCCCCCAGGUCCAGCCCGCUCGUUCCAGCCGAGGCGCCAGGUCCAGCCCCGACAAGUGACCUGCCCGCCCUCCCACCUUCGGGACCCACCUCGCCAACUGGAUCUCAGAUCAACAGAAAGCCAGUCCCUCCACAGGACGCUUGAUCUGCAUACAUAG